AUGACAAACUGGCAGGCUGAGCACAGGGUCACUGAGGUAAAGACACUGGAUGCCACAGGCUCUUUGAAGAAGGUCAGGAAACUUGCUCAGUAUAACCUUGUGUACUGUCUGGCCAACCGAAGUGCGAAAUAUUCAAAAAAUACUUUAAAAAGAAGAUAUCCCAUAAGAGAUAAAGCUGAUCAAAAGCACACGCCUCUUGAUGUAUUUGAGUUUCCCGAUAAAUCUGAUGCCUCCUGCGUUGGCAACCUGCGUGAAAAGGAGCAAGACGAAGAAGUUUAUGAGACCUUUGCUCCUCUUUUACACAGCACUGCUAUAUAUGCCGACGGGGACGAAUUCACCAAGCAAGCUGGAUCAUCUGUCCCUUCAACUUCUCAAGAAAAAGCAGCAGGAAGGAGUCCAAAUACUUCUGAAAAUGAUGCAAAUGGAAAUGAACCAUCUAUAAAAAAUCAUGCAAAAAAGCAAGGGGAAGAACACGAGCCCAUUCCUGAAGAAUCGGAAAGCUCUGAGCAAAGCGAUGUAACAGGAAAAGAUAGAGCAGCGGAGAAAAUACAUACAGAGGAGCAUGAACCUGUGCCAGCUCCAGCAUCUUCAGAACCAUCAGAAAGACAAGUGCAGUCAGUUGCUCCUGAAAAAGUAGGACCCAUUAAUGUUCAAACCAUUGUUGAGAAAGAGACCCAGGCAACAGAAAGCAAACAGGCCUCUACUUCAAUGGGCUCUGCUGGCAAGACGGUGACUUUUGUCCCUGUCUGCUGGAUAAACUGCUGGAGGUUGACUUGCCGCAGCUCCUUCGUCAACUGCUCCAGUUCUUGUUCUUUGUCCUGUAACCGUUUGGUGGCUUGUCCAGGGGAACCUUUCCACAGCCUACAAGUCAAUGAAGAAGUUAAAGGAAAUAUUGGGAAAGUCAGAGGGGAGAUUGACAUUCAAGGCCAGCAGAGCCUGAGGUUGGAAAAUGAUAGUGAUACUUCCGACAGUGCAUUUACUUGGAACCAAGAAAAAAAGGAAAUGAGUGACAUCACAGAGCUGGAUAUUGUUUUGUCUGCAUUUGAGAAAACUUUCUUAAAGUAUAAACAUAAAGUAGAAUCUAGAAUAUGUAAGGAAGCUGUCAACAAAUUCUGUUCUAAUAUUAAAGAAGAACUUUCCCAAAUGAUUAAGGAUGUCCAGCUUUUGAAAAAUAUGAAACAGAAGAAUACUAAGAUAAUUUCCGGUAUUGAAAAGAAAAGACAACGCUUGAUUGAAGUCCAGGGUGAACUACUUCGGCUAGAACCACAACUGAAACAGCUACAAACAAAAUAUGAUGAACUUCAGGAGAGAAAAUCUUCCCUUAAUACGACAGCAUGUUUCUUAUCUAAUUUAAAGCAGCUUCAUGACGAUUACUCAGAAGUUCGAGAAAAAGAACAAGAAGUCAUGGAAACGUAUGACUCAUCCAGCCUUCCAGCUCUAUUAUUUAAAGCAAGAGGCUUUCUGGGAGCUGAAACUCAUCUGCAAAAUAUCAACCAACAAUUAGAGAUGCUUCUUGACCAGGAAUGA